AUGUUUUUCAGGGGGAAUUCAAUGUCACAGUAUCACACAACAUCGACCCCCACAUGUGGAUACCUUGCUGGAAGGGGUAAUCCAGCUCAGCCACAGUUCAGUUAUAUCUGCCUUCCAAAUACCGUUCCGCCGUCUCAUUUGCUGCCUAAUUCGACCAGCAAUCUAAUGUAUUCGACGACACAGGCGAACGGCAUGUUCAACGCUCAGUCGAUCAUACCUGGGUUAAAUACAGUCUGUGCACCGUCAUACAGUGGUGCUCCGAACUGCUACAUGAAUCCGGCAGCUGCUGCCGCUCCAAACUACGCCUACCAGUUGCCCGGCUACCCUUACGCUAAUUAUAUUUAUCUGCCAACGCAAGGCGUUGGUCUGAACCAGCCUUCGUCAAGGCCACGCAACAAGUUGGCCGUCGUUGAUCCGAUAACGAAGAAGAAUGUCCUCGACGAGAUGAACGAGGCGACGGUGGUUGCAGGGUCAGCCGGCACCGACACCAACGAGGAAACGUCAAAUGCCCAGCUGCAGACCGGCGAAGCUGUGGCCGCUACCAGUGCCAUCGAUGCGGCGAUUGCCGCCGUCGACAGCUUCAAGAGAGGUAUUUCCGGCCUCGGCGACGAGUCAGCGUUGGACACCAUUUCGCGAAAUAUCCCCGUCGCUUCCGUGGACGAGAUACAUGAAGAUCUGCAGAGGCAAAACCGAAUACGAGAAGACUUCGCUGUCGAUGUGUUCAAACGGUGCGUUAACGCGUCGUCUUUUCCUACAGAGCAACGCAGUGAUUCCGAACGGCCGACGGAUAGGACAGCGGAUUUGCGGAGGACUUUAUUCCCUACGGCAGAGGGGAAGGACUCUGAUCGAUUGCUCGUCUCAUCAUGGAAAGCUGACGGUGCUGCUGUUAUGUCUUCGACGACAUGCUCAGAGGCUAUUGUCGAACCAGGUUUGCAGCCAAUCCUUCCGAAUAACGUAGUCGCUCCUGGUACGGUGAACUUUGUUGAGCCGUCACCAUCCGUAGAUACUGUGAAAAACGCGCAAGCGAUUUUUGGAAAGUCUGAUUUUGGACUUCGCUUCGGUGAUUUCGACUCUCCCUCAGAAGAAAACCAUGUUGUCAUGGACGUAAUGAACGAUUUCGAACGAACGCUACCUCAGAACGGCGAAGAGAUCUCGACUGAGAUCCAGGCGGUAGAAGCACAAGCCUCAGAGACCGAGGCGGCUGGUGCCAAUGCCGAGUCGUUAGGAAGCAGAUCGAUCGCUGAUGACGUAAACAAACUUUUGGAUACCGCUGCAGUCGCUGCGAUGCAUCCCACAACCGCAGUUGCAGAACCUGUUUCAGGUAAACGAUUGGAGAAUUAUAUUUAUGGUAAAUUAGAAACAUCUAAUUGA